AUGCUGGGCCCCGUCCUCGCUACAUGCGGGAUCCUGGCCGGAUGCUGUCGCUUUGGUUUUGGAUUGCGGCCGGACUCGACCCGGGCCCGGGCCUCGCCACGCACGCACGAGUAUGUGGCUGAGCGUGGCAGCGAUGACACAUACCGGUAUCGGAGACCCCCGCCGCCAUCCACGUUAUCGAGCAUAGCCCUAUACCCAGCCGACCCCCGAUUCCUCGCCUCGACCGACCCCGCGCUGCUCGACAUCGGCACGAUCCACAGAUACAUCAGCGGAACCUCGUACUGGGCGCGGGGGACGCCCUACUCCGUGGUGAAGCGGGGCCUGCAGAACUCAUUGAGCCUUGGGAUCUACGACAUCUCCGCGCCGGGGGGAGGAGGGGGAGGAGGAGCAGGUAGAGCAGGUGGCAAGCUGGUGGGCUCCGCGCGCUGGAUCACCGAUAAGGCCACGUUCGCCUACCUCAGCGAUUUGUUUGUGCUGGAUGAGUACCAGGGACGAGGUCUAGGUAGGUGGAUGGUCGAUUGCUUAAUGCGCCUGCCGGAGAUUCAGGGUCUGAGGAGGUUGAUGCUCGUCACGGGAGGCGCGGAUGCCCUGUACGAGAAGUAUGCUGGGUUCAAUGUUGCGCCGCAAGGAGGCAAGCUCACGUAUAUGGAGAAGGUUGUGCCGUCGGAAGAGUUGUACGGAAAGCCUAUCGCGGAGAUAGAUGUUGGUGUAGAGGGGAAAGUGAAGCCUGCAGCAAAGGAGGCAGAGGACCGGACAGUUUGAAGGCUGGGGAUCGGAUCGAGUAUGAGCACAUACGAAGGGCCCAGCACGGAGAAGGCCGAAGUAGAGUGGGUACUAGUAUAGUGGAUGCGACAUUGGCGUUUACUUGCAUACGGGAUCGAAGCUGGGGGACUGUGCAGGGAUCGAGUCAUGGAAUAUCACGCAGUGACCGAGAAGCCCACGGCGCUUUCACGGCGGUGAUUGACAAGAACCGGGCUCCAGUAAAGCCAGACCCGUGGAUUGAUCAUCCAAUAGACGCCAACACGAUCACUGAGGCAUAGGUAGGCCGUAGCUCAGUCGACGUCCAUCACUCCUUUAACUUGCGAGUAGUUAUGCACUACCAACGGAACGACGAUCACUCUCCGGGCCGGCAGAUAGCCGCGAAAAACCCCCGUCGUAGUGGUGGUGGAGAUGGUGGUGGCAACGGUG